AUGACCAAUCAAGCUGGGCAAAAAAGAGGAGCUAGACAGGAAGCGAAUGAUACUUCUAGGAUUCGAGAGUUCUUAAGGAUGGAUACCCCAUGUUUCACGGGUUAUAUCACUACUGAGGAUCCACCAAACUUUAUUGAGGAGGUAAAGAAUAUAUUUGAGGUUAUGCAUUCUGCCGAUACUGAGCAGGUUGAUCUAGUUGCAUAUCAACUAAAUAAUGUUGCUAGAACUUGGUAUGAUCAGUGGAAAGAGGGUAGAGAUGAGGAUGCACCACAUGCGAGUUGGGUUGAGGAAGAAAAGCUAAGGGAUAAGGAAGAUUUCAAUAACAAUAGAUCUAAGACAAGGAACGAGUCUGGACAGCAAAAGAGUAGUGCCUACCAGUCAUCCUUCCAACAGAAACAAAAGGGACCUUCUCCAUCAUUUUCUAGUGCACCUGCACCGAAGAAAAAAUGUGAGACAAUAGCUAGAGUUUUAGAUCUAAACCUGUUUAUUCUCAAAGUAGCAUGA